AUGACGGACAAGAGAUCACCACAAAGUCCUGCAUACCGGUCCCAGAAACGAUCAAAGACGUUCCCUUUGGCCCCAGAUGAAGAAGAAAUCAACACUCCAUGCCGUCGUGCUACUGCACCUCUAGCUGAGAACACAUCAGUACCAGAAGACAGCACAUCAAGCAAACAGGCGAGCGCAGAAAAUGAGACCUCAACUCCGGACGAGGAGGAGGACGGAAACUUCGAGGAUAUUCCUCUUAGUGCGUCACUUCCGAGCAAAAAUCCAGAUGCGGACCCACAGAGUCCGGGUUUGAGAAAGCCCGACACGCGAGCCGCUCGCAGAGACGUUGAUGACGAGCCAUUGGAGAACAACGGUGGUGGCCUGCACACAUCAAAAGGCGAGGAGAGCGAUAGCUCUUCGGAAGGAUGGUUCCCCCCCGACUAUGACGACGACGAAUCAGAAUCGGGCUCAUUUGUGCACAUCGAAAACCUGGACGAGGAACUGGGGCGGUGGACAGCACCACAAGAGCCACUCAGACCAGAUAACCCUUACAGGAAGGGCAAAAUUAUUGAAAUCAGGAGGCAUUCGGCACCCCGUCCCUUCGGUAUGAAUUAUUCGUAUUACGAAGGCGUCAGGGAACCCGCGUCAGAAAGGGAAUUAAGACUGACGACACUCGUGGAAUUGUGCCUGGACCGGCCACCAAUCGGAGGGGAGACUGUGGCGGACGAGGAGGCACAGACUCUGGAAAUCAAGGAUGAGAUUAGGGUGAAGGACGACGGUGGUGCUCAGAUCGUCGUUUGCCGAUUCUCUGGCGAGAAACAAGAAGUCGUAGCGAAGAUCUACGAUCCCCUGUACUACGGCUUCGCGGACAGGAUGUGGUCAGACCGGCCGCGGGACGUCACCUAUGAAGCCGACAAGGACUAUGCUCGGGAGGUGGCAGCCUAUUCUGAACUCGACAGCCAGCUCGGCGGCACAGACAUCCCUAAAUACCACGGCUCGUGGACCUUUCAGAUGCCACUGGACCUCCCUGCCGGCCAAAAGACGCGAAACAUUCGGCUCAUAUUGAUAGAGCACAUAAAGGGCAAGCCGAUGAUGGAUUUGAAGCCGGAAUCGUUCUCGGAGUCAACCCGCAUGGAACUGAUCACGCGUAUGGUCGAGGUGGUGUCUCGAAUCCAAUUCGCCGGCGUCAGACACGGUGAUAUUUCCCAGCGGAACGUCAUGGUCUGCAUUGCUGAACCCGAAGUAGUUGAGAGAGUCGCAAUGAUUGACUUCAACUUCGCGGCCGCCACUGGCCUAGACAACUUUCAAGAACAAUUCGGCGGCUCAAGACGGCAACCGAAGCCAGAUAAACCUCCGAACCCAAUCGAUCGGUGGUGGGGCGGUGCUUUGUACGGCGUGGCCGGGGAAUGGCUCCCGAAAGGCUGGGAGCUUAGGUUGAGGGCUCUGCAGGAGUGGCUGUACGAGAGAUAUGGCGACUCGGAAGAGUAUGAACCGCCCAAAAGACGAUUGAAUUGGGAUGAAGAAAACCUUCCACGGAACUGGAUUGCUACCUGA